AUGAGUCAACUCGCGGAUGACCAGCCUCGGCGUCUACCCUACACAGGCUCAUGUCACUGCGGCAAUAUUCGCUACGUCGUCUUCCUGACUCUCCCUCCUGCAUCGCUGAUCGGGUUGUCUAAACCACCACCAUCGCGAGGAGUUCAGCGCAUCUACAGGUGCAACUGCACGGUCUGCCACAAGUCGGGGUUUCUGCACGUCCGUCCUGCGUCUGCGUUCGACGACUUCCUCCUGCUGUCCCCGCUCAACCCGUUGGACAGCUUGGGCGAUUACCUGUGCAACAAGCAGACGCUGCACAAUCUCUUUUGUAAGACAUGCGCGGUGCGAUGUUUCACCAUUCAUGGCGAGGGAGAAGUCGUCGAGACUAGCCUGCCAAGAGCAAUUGCUUUGCCUAGCACAUCUAGCUCCGAGGAUGAAGCUGUCUCCGUCAACGCUUGGAGACUUAAGCCAGUGGAGUUGACGGAAGGCAUCCCUCACCAGGGCUCAUAUCUCAGCGUCAAUGGACACACGAUAGAUCCAGGACAAGAAGGCCUUGAUCUGCGAGAGUGGGUUUCCACAAAAGCCAUAGGAUACCUUGAUUGCUUCCACAGCCCCGAUGAAAGAAAGCCGCCGCGCUGUGACAGGCCUCAAAUAGGUGGCUCAUACUAA